GUGGACAAACAACAUUGGAGCUGUUCACUUCUUCAAUCCAUAAAAUCUUCUGUUUGGGCGGCAGCUCUAGAGGAUUCACAUCACAAAAUGGAGAUGAGAAGACUGUUCGGCUUUCUCAUCUUCUGGUCCGUGCAGGUUUGCAGGGGCUCCGAUUUGUUUCUGUGGCCGCAGCCUCAGAUUGUUGAGGCCAUCGACAGGUCAUGCCAUUUGAUUUCACCAACAUUCACGAUCUCGGUGCCUGCGGGUUCUCCAAAGCUGUUGCGAGCUGCUGCAUCGAGGUACAAGCGUCAAGUUUGUACUGAGAAAUGGUCUGCAGUGUCCAUUCAAGCUCGCAUUUCUUCUCAGUCCGCACAAGCAACUAUUUCACGGCUCGUCAUCUCCGUGUCGGACUUACGAGCCGGCUUACAGAAUGGUGUGGACGAAUCCUACACACUGGUGGUUUCAGAGGGUGACUCUGCCUCGAUUGUGUCGAACACAACGUGGGGGGCUCUCCACGGGCUGGAAACAUUCUCUCAACUGGUGCAGUUUGACUCGCAAGCUCGCAAGCUCUUCAUAAGCUACGGGGUCCGAAUCACAGACUGGCCGCUCUACUCUCACAGGGGACUCCUGCUGGACACAUCCAGGAACUUCUUUCCGGUCAAGGACAUACUUCGGACCAUCCAGGCUCUCAGUUACAACAAGCUCAACGUCUUCCACUGGCACAUAUCGGACUCGCAUUCGUUCCCUCUACUCCUGGAGUCGGAGCCGGAGCUGUCCAAAAAAGGCUCGUAUGGGCCGGAGUUUACGUACUCACGUCAGGACGUGAAGCGCAUUGUGGCCUUCGCCAGGUCUCGCGGUGUCAGAGUUAUCCCCGAGAUCGACGCUCCAGGACACACAGCAUCAUGGGGAGCGGCGUACCCAGAGAUGUUAACAUGCCUGGGAAAGAUGUGGUGGGAUCCCAACACUCAAGACUGGAGCAAACGCAUGGCGUCGGAGCCAGGUGCCGGGCAGCUCAAUCCCCUACACCCAAAAACUUACCAGGUUCUCAAGCACAUCAUCGAGGAGGUGACGGCCCUCUUCCCGGACUCCUUCUACCACGCAGGGGCCGACGAGAUAGCCCCCGGCUGCUGGAACGCGAGCGAGGAGCUCUCACGCCUCGUCUCCUCCGGGAACGCCACCAUGGGCAGCCUCCUGGAGCUCUUCGUCAACAGGACGUACCCGAUGAUCGCGUCGCGCAACAAGACGGUGGUGUACUGGGAGGAUAUUCUGCUCGACGCCGCGGUCAACGUGUCUGCUGACCUCCUCCCCAGGGGGUCAACGGUCAUACAGACGUGGAACAACGGGGCCAUCAACACCAAGGCGGUGACGUCGGCGGGGUACCGCGCGGUGGUGUCGUCGUCCGACUUCCUCUACCUCGACUGUGGUCGCGGCGACUUCCUGCUCAACGACUCGCGAUUCGACCAGCCCAACCGGACGGUGGUGCCGCCGUCGCUGAGCAUCACCGGUGACGACGCGUCCUUCAACUACGGUGGUAGCGGCGGGUCGUGGUGCGCGCCGUACAAGACGUGGCAGCGGAUCUAUGACUUUGACUUGGCGUACGGGCUGACGCGGCAGGAGGCGGCGCUUGUGAUUGGCGCUGAGGCCGCCCUGUGGUCUGAGUUGGCCGAUGCGAACGUGCUGGAUGGGCUGGUGUGGCCGCGGACUUCCGCGCUGGCAGAGGUGACGUGGUCAGGGAAUAGAGACUCCAGCUCCAAGAAGCGGACGACUGAGGCAGGAAAGCGGCUGGUGGAGUGGCGGGAGAGAAUGGUGUCACGGGGAGUGGCAGCUCACCCGAUGAUGCCACGCUGGUGUAUCUUAAAUCAUGGGUUGUGUAACAUUAACAUAUGACGAAAAUAAUUUUGCAUUUAAAUUUAAAAUUUAUAUGUAUAAUAAUAAAUUUAAGUAAAUCAAAACUUUACAAA